GUGUGACGGCAGGUGAAGGCGCACUGCGACGGGGCUGCAGCACUCAGAGACAAACUUGUUGGACUGCUGGUCCUCCUGCUCUGUUACUCUCACUCUCUCUCUGUCAGCAGCUGGAUCCUCCUCCCCACAACUCUCUGAAUCAGUCCCGAAGUCUGGACCUUGCCACUUUUCUCACAGUUUUAUUUGUUGGAAUUAAAUUUUCCUGAACCGAGGCUGCUGAAAUGAGAUCUGUCAAAGCCUCUGUCCUAGGAUCAGUUUUGGCUCUUCUCUUGCUGUUGAGGGAGCCUGCAUGCCGGGGUGAUGAGGUCGCCUCAAACACAGUGAACCCAUGCUGCUAUUUACCCUGUCAGCACUCGGGUGUGUGUGUGAGGUAUAGUGAAGACAAGUAUGAGUGCGACUGCACUCGCACCGGCUACUACGGAGAAAACUGCACUGUCCCGGAGUUUUGGACCAGGGUGCGUCAGUUCUUGAAGCCCAGCCCAGAUGUGGUGCAUUACAUUCUCACUCAUUUUCACUGGCUCUGGGAAAUCAUCAACCACACCUUCCUACGGGACGUUCUCAUGCGGCUGGUUUUAACAGUUAGAGCCAACUUAAUACCCACUCCUCCAACCUACAACUCAAAAUAUAACUACCUCAGCUGGGAAUCCUACUAUAAUCUGAGCUACUACACCCGGAUUCUGCCCCCCGUGCCAGAGGACUGCCCUACACCUCUGGGGGUUAAAGGCGGGGCUGGGCUGCCUGACCCUGAGCUGCUGGUUGAAAGGCUGCUGAAGAGAAGGACGUUUAGACCCGACCCCCAGGGCUCCAACCUUAUGUUCGCCUUCUUUGCGCAACACUUCACUCACCAGUUCUUUAAGACCUACAAUCGCAUGGGUCUGGGCUUCACUAAGGCUAUAGCACAUGGGGUGGAUGCUGGGCACGUGUAUGGAGACAACCUGGAACGGCAGCUCCAGCUCAGGCUUCACCAAGACGGAAAACUCAAGUAUCAGUUAAUUGACGGCGAGAUGUACCCUCCCUCUGUAGCUGAUGCACCCAUUAAGAUGAGCUACCCUCCAGGGAUCCCUCCUGAGGGUCAGAUGGCUAUUGGUCAGGAAGUGUAUGGGCUCCUCCCUGGUUUGGGAAUGUAUGCCACGCUCUGGCUGAGGGAGCAUAACCGAGUAUGUGACAUCCUGAAGGCGGAACAUCCCACCUGGGAUGAUGAACAGAUUUUCCAGACCACACGCCUCAUCAUCAUUGGUGAAACAAUACGGAUAGUGAUAGAGGAGUACGUACAGCACCUCAGUGGAUACCUGCUGCAGUUGAAGUUUGAUCCCACCCUGCUGUUUAACUCCAACUUCCAGUAUGGGAACCGUAUUGCCCUAGAGUUCAGCCAGCUCUAUCACUGGCACCCCUUGAUGCCCGACAGUUUCUUUAUUAACGGAGAUGAACUGUCAUACCCGCAGUUCCUCUUCAACACUUCUGUUCUCACACACUAUGGCAUUGAGAAACUGGUGGAUGCCUUUUCUCGGCAAGCUGCUGGCCAGAUUGGUGGUGGCCAUAACAUCAAUGCUAUGGUGACCAAAGUGGCCGUGGGAGCCAUAAAGGAGUCCCGCCAACUCCGCAUGCAGCCCUUCAACGAGUACAGGAAGCGUUUUAAUCUGAAGCCAUACACAUCGUUCAGACAAUUCACUGAUAGCGAGGAGAUAGCCCGCGAGCUUGAAGAGUUUUACGGUGACAUUGAAGCUCUUGAGUUUUAUCCUGGAUUGAUGUUGGAGAAAACAAGAGCCGGCACCAUAUUUGGAGAGAGCAUGGUGGAGAUGGGUGCCCCCUUCUCCCUUAAAGGCCUCCUGGGAAACCCUAUAUGUUCUCCUGAAUACUGGAAGCCCAGUACCUUUGGAGGCAAAGUCGGCUUUGACAUAGUGAACUCCGCCACACUAAAGAAGCUGGUCUGUCUAAACACCAAGUCGUGUCCCUAUGUGGCAUUUAGAGUACCAGCUGAGGAGCAAUCACAAAGAGGGAGUGAUGACAGUAAAGAUGAGCUCUCAGUCACCGCUGUCAACACGGGACCAAAGGGUGUCAUCAAUGACUGGAGGAAGUACAAGCAGCUGGAGGUGGAGCAGAAACAAGAGCAGAAGAGAGAGAUGGAAAGACUGAUCAAGAAGCUGUCCAUGAGCUGCCGCUCUGACCUCGACCUGGAAAAAGACAAAGAGAAACAGAAAGAGCUGCAGGAAAAAAUAAAAGGCAAAAUGACCAUGCAAGAGUACAACAUGCUUCAGGAAGAAGAGGAUGAUGAAGAUUUCCUCCAGCACUACCGUAUGCAGCGCAUUGAAGAGAUGCGGCGCCAGCUCUGCCGCGGCAAACGUUUUGCACAGGUUUACGAGCUUAACAGCGGAGAGGACUUCCUGGAGGCUUUGGACAACGAGGACAAAAGCACGCUGGUCAUGAUCCACAUCUACGAACCGGACGUCCCGGGCUGUGAGGCCAUGAGCGGCAGCCUGCUCUGUCUGGCUCAGGAAUACCCGCUGGUCAAGUUCUGCAGCGUGCGCAGCUCGGCCAUCAGCACCAGCGCACUGUUCAGAGACAGCGCUCUGCCCGCUCUGCUCGUUUACAAAGGAGGGGACCUGAUCGGGAACUUCGUGCGGCUCACAGACCAGCUCGGGGAAGACUUCUUUGCCGUAGACCUGGAGGCCCUGCUGCAGGAGUACGGCCUGCUGCCUGACAAGCCCCCCAUGGUCCCGAAGACGGUUCGCAAUGGAGCCAUCAUACAGAACACUGUGAGCGACGAGGACUCUGACCUUGAUAUAGACUAGAGCCAUAAUAGCUAACGUGCAUUAUAUGCUUGGAAAAUAUUCGUACGCAGUCUGCAUGGACUAUAGAUCAUUUUUAUGUAUGUGGACCCCCCCCGUAGUGAUGACAGACUGAACCUGGAAUGCCAUGUUACUACUCACACAGCAACAUACAACCAGCAUUGAAGGCAAAAGUAAAUGCACACAGAACAUCAUUGAGUUUCAUCACGACUUCAUUCCAUGAGUUAUAUUUAAGUAAAUUCUAGCCAUUAUCAAUAUCGAUAAGGACCUGUUGUUCACAGCGAGAAUGAUGUAGCUGUUAGGUUAAAUGUUUUGUUUGAGCUAUGACUGUCAACUAUUUAUUCAUUUAUUUCCCCUUUUUUUUGUUUCAUGUGCAUCUUCAUUGUAUUGAAUGUGUUUCACUCUGUAGAAUACAAAUUCUUCACUGACUUGUAGUUAAUUUUAUAACUUUUAUAUGUGCUGUACCAUUUCAAAUAGUGGGAAAAAUAAACAAAUGUUUGGACUCUG